CGUCGAGCCGCGGGGAGAACGGGCCUCCCGCCGCCCCCCUCCAAUCGCCGGGCCGGGGCGGAGCGCUGCGGAGCGGUGACAUUGAGGGGAGCUGUGCAGGGCUGGGCCGAGAGCGGCGGCAUGUGGGGCCGAGCGGAGAAGGCUGUGAAGCUGCUGGAAAGAAACAUUCCCUGCUUUCUGAGGAUGAGUCGGGGAGUGGGGCCGAAGGUGAGCAGGAGGCUCUGCAGCAAGCCCCAGGAGGAAAGUCCAGUUCAGCCAAGAGGUCGGCCUGUUUUGCGGGUGCCUGGACACAAGCCUACAGAGUGGGAGAAGAAAUGUUUGCUGUGGGCAGGUCAUUUCAAGAAGCCAGAGGAUAUACCGGAGGUCGUCUCGCUUGACGCAAUCCGAGCAGCACAGACCACACUGCGGGUGAAGUUCAGCUACGUAAUGAUCGCCUUGACAAUAGUGGGGUGCAUAGUGAUGGUGAUCAGAGGGAAGCAGGCAAUAAAAAGGCACGAAUCUCUUACAAGCAUUAAUUUGGAGAAGAAAGCUCAAUGGAGGGAAGAAGCUUCUCAGAGCACAUCUGCUAAACCUUAGAGGAGAAAAGGAAGAAGCCACGAAUGGAGGAAGAAUAGCUAAAGUCCCAUUCAGCUCCUUUUCAGCGAGUUUCAUGUAUUUUGUGCUCAGUACUCGUGUUCAAGAAUGAAUGCAUUAUCCUGUAAUCAUUAAAAACAAUGUUUCCUUCCUGGUACCUUUCCUCCAAACCCUUUCUCAAUUCCUGUAACUUUAUUUCAUUCACUAACUGUAUAACGACUCAUUACUUCAGUUGUCCACUAUCACUGACCACUCCAGCUCCCUUCAGGAAAAAUAUGUAUUCGGUAUUUACAGGCUCCCAGUUAUUAGGCAAGUCCUUGACUUGAGAGUAAUUGCACUACAUUAACACUGUCAAAAUGAUUCAGAAGUCACUGGAAAGCUUGCUUACUUACUCUAGGUCCCAAAUAUUCUCGCCUAAGAAGAGGAGAGACAAUGAUAGUGAAAUAGCAUUCCACAGAAACAAUGUGCUGUAAAUAAGAACCAUGUUUUCUGA